AUGAAGUUCUGUCGUCAGAUCGAUCUACGCUUCUUGUGGGUCGAUCAAUUUUGCAUCCCCCAAAAACGGGGCUCAAUCGACCCUGAGAUUCACCACAUGGCAUCAAUCUACUCCGGAGCAACUUGUACUUUGGUCGCCUUGAGUGGCACUACCUUUGCCGACCCCCUCCCAGGAGUUCGACCAGGUACAAGAAAUCCUGAGCCACAGCACCAGGCUACUAUAAAUGGUUUGAGUCUCAUGACAUGCUACCCAUCACUCUUCACAGAAAUCGAGAGCUCAGUCUGGUUCAGUCGCGGCUGGACCUUUCAAGAAGCAGCAUUCUCAAGACGAAUCCUUUUCUUCACGGCAUCACAGACUUUCUUCCUAUGUCGUGAGACGAUGUACUGCGAGGAAAGUGUCUGGGAAGUACCAGGAGGUAGUUCUAUGGCAGCUUCAGCAAACACGGAAACAAUAGAGGCUGGGAGAAUAAAGGAUCUAAUGCUCCUCCGUUCCAAUGGAUCGUACCCAGAGGGGGGCUAUUACAGGAUUGUGGAGGAGUACACCAAGCGGACCCUGGGUCAUCCUGAGGACAUCCUCAAUGCUUGGGCUGCCGCGGUCCAGUGGAUGGAGGAAGACAAGAAGUGGGGAUCAACAUGCAGUUUCGGUCUUCCUUUGGACCAGUUUGGAUUUGCGCCGGGUUGGCAACCACUUCAUGGCCAUAACCCUGAUCCUAACAGCCAACGAGCCGACUUCCCCAGUUGGAGCUGGUCUAGCUACCAGGGUCUAGUCGAGUGGUGUCUUGAAGUCCCUUCUAGUACGCGGACCUCUGGCGGGGCUCGAGAGAGCGGCUGGGGUAGGUCUGGCAUCAUCCAGGAGACAGAUAUCGACAUCAUGUUGCGUGAAAGAUACAAUAAAUAUCUUUCGCCAGUGCAUAUAUCCCAGAGCCCCUUCGCGCCGCCAAAUCCCAUCCUGGAGUUCCAAACCUCAGCUGCUCAUAUCACUGUCGCCAGAAAGCCCGACGGCAGGAUUGGGCUACCAAACUUUGAUAUGAUAGGGAACGACGGAUAUUCGAUUGGAAGCCUGCAAUGUGAUCCUGGCUGGCGUGGAAAACAACCAGAUAAGCUGGAGUUCAUCGUCUUUGCCACUGCCAAACUGACAGAUCCCGAGCCACCGCAGUAUUCCGGAUAUGCCGGCGGUUGUGGAACGAGCCGAUAUAACGCAAAGAUGAGCGGUCGUUUGUUUUCCGAUCAGCAUAGCUAUGACGCUGCUGUCUCUCGGUGGCAAGACUUAUGCUCGAGGGGCCGAUUUGUUCUCGAUGUAAUGUGUAUCUCCAGAGAAGAUGAUGGACUCGCCCGAAGGGUUCGGGUUAGCCAUGGUAUAUCCUUGGAUCAGUGGCUGAAGCUAGAGCCCGAGGAAGUGUUAAUCAGACUUGGAUGA